AUGCCUGAAGCUUCAGAAAUCCAAAUUAACAAUUCCGAGAAAACAAAUUUCUUGAAGAGCUUACGCCCCGAAAAGGUGGAGCCAUUAUGGACUGUGAUGUCUGCUAUGGUGCCACCGGCUCCUCAACCAAAGGCCAGUCCAACUGUAUGGAAAUAUAAGAAACUCAGACCUUUACUUUCUGACGCAGGUCGUCUCGUCCCUGCUGAAGAAUCUGAAAGAAGAGUUUUGAUGUUGGUUAAUCCUACUUUAAAGGCACCCCAAACUACCGACACAUUGUAUGCAGGACUACAAUAUAUCAAUUCUGGGGAAGUUGCACCAGCUCACAGACAUUCUGCCUUUGCCUUAAGAUUUAUCAUCGAAGGAGAAGGAGGAUGGACUGCCGUUGAGGGAGAGAAGUUGUAUAUGGGAAGAGGAGAUGUGAUUCUUACGCCUCGUUGGGAAUGGCACGAUCACGGGAAAGACGGAGAGGGACCUAUGGUAUGGCUCGAUGGGCUUGACUUGCCUAUGUUCCAAAGUAUUCCUGUCAAUUUUGCUGAGCACUAUGAUGAAGAUCGUUACCCAAGUUCUGAA